AAAGCAGGCAGCGAACAAAAUAUAGAGGCAGAGAGAGAGAGAGAGAGACAGAGUGAGAGAGGGUAAGAGAGUGAGAGAGAGAGCUGGCACAGGCUGAGCCAGGCACUGACUGUGUGGACACGGAGGAGUGCGGAGAGAACAGAAACGACAGAGCAGGAGGAGUGUAUAGAUGGAGUGACCCAGGAGGAGGAGAGGAAUGCUGAGCGAACAGACCGACCGAGCGCGAAAGGGAAGCCGAGAGUGCCGUGGCAGCAACAGCAGAACAAUUAAAACAGUGCAAAGGAAAACAAAGUCACCCAUGCUGAGCAGCUUCUGUUGCUCGCUCGCGCUCUCUCUGUUUCGAGCGACCAAAGAGGCAGAAGUGAAUCCGUCCAGACAGCGAUAAAGGACAAGAGGAGACACGCGAGCGGCAGGGGGAGGAGCAAGCAUGCUUUGAUUGACAGAGUAAAGAGGAGGGACACGGAUGCAAAUUGAAGAAUUUAAUUUUCCGGGAAUGGAUAUUUUUAGCAAAGGAAAUUCAAAGAUCAAGGAUGUCGUAUCAGUCUAAAAGAAGGAUGGAGAAGGCAAGGAGAGAGAGAGAGUGAGAUGCUGAAUUCCGACCAUGUCAGAACAGAUUCCACAUCAGCGACAUUCAGCCCUCCUACAGGCAAGAAGUCAGUGUGUGUGUGUGCGUAUGUGUGUGUGAACUAGCACGAAGUACGACCUCUGUAACACCAGGCGUUUGGCCAUGUGCCCCCAUUGUUGAGGACAGAGGCCGAGAAAUGGGAAGGCAAAAAGUCAGUACAGUAUCACUGUCAAAGCCAUAGAAGAAGAGGUAAAAAGACAAGAAGAGUGUGAUCAUGGGGCUGUGGGGUCAGUUGUAGAUAGUGUUCAGGAAACCCUCUCUCUAGGGAUUGUGGAAAAUAUCCAUUUUAUAAAUAGGACAGCCUGCCUGGAGACUCUCUCAGAUCCUUUUUUCUUGUGACUUGCCUUCCACAAUCCAUCUCUUUUUCAUUAUUGUUUCUUACAAUCUGUCUUUUAUCUAUUGAUUUUUUUUGUCUCAUUAAGAUCCGGUUCACUUGCCUGAACUUAAGGAGAUUCUGCAAGAAUCUCAGAUGCAGAUAGCAGGCUGUCUGCUAACCCAGACUAAGUCUCGGCACCGUGGCCAGAUGGACUGAGGAGGGGAACAAAAUAGAUCUAGAAAGAGCACGGAACAAGGAAAAUAGCCUGGGGAUGUUGCCUGAAGGUUUAUAGUGAGCUGUCAGCGAGUAUGAAGACACAUGAUGAAUUUUGUGUACCUUAGGGAGCAAUGCAUGUGUUUGUGCGCGAAUGUGUUUAUUCAAUCCAGUAAUGAAGUUUGCAUACAUUUGCAUACAUGACAGGAUAUUAAAGUGGAAAUCAAAGUAGAGUUGGGAUUGUACACUUCAGUUGAACCUCGAGUAGUUUUGCAGGCGCUACAAUAGUGUGUGACUUGCUGGACUCUAUAAGUGAAAUUAGUAUUCAAGAAAACAGUGUUGUGGCUCUCUCUGUGCUCCUGGAGCCCCAUGAGGGCCCCGGCCGCGGAGGCCUGGCUGGGAGAUGAAGGCGCCCCCCCUGCUGCUAUAGCAGCCCUGUGGGCCCUCAUGGCUCUAGAAGGUCCUUGUCUGCGCCCUGCCUCGCCCAUCCCGGGCCAAGGCGGGGCCCGUCGUCGCCGCACACGAGCCGGAGCACCACGAGACAAUCUGUCCCACCUCACCGUGGCACUCCUAGCGCGGACUCGCCUCCACGGAUUGCGGCACAUCUGUGCCUCGUCAAACUCACUCAGCCGCCGGGCCUUUUGGAUGCUGGCAUUCUGUACAUGUCUGGGUCUUCUGGUUUCCUGGUCCUCGAAUCGGCUGCUACACUGGCUGGCCUUUCCCACUCACACAAGAAUCCACACAGAGUGGGCGAGAGAACUCGCUUUUCCCACAGUCACUAUCUGCAACAAUAACCCCAUUCGUUUGAACCACCUCUCUAAGAGCGAUCUGUACUUUGCGGGUCACUGGCUCGGACUGUUGCUGGCCAACCGCACGGCUAAACCCUUGGUGCUGGACUUGCUUCAAGAUGACAGGCGGGCAUGGUUUAGCAAGCUGUCAGAUUUCCGUCUUUUCCUGCCUCCACGGCGCUUCGAGGGCACCAGCAUGGAGUUCAUGGACCGCCUGGGCCACCAGCUGGAGGAUAUGCUACUGGCCUGCAAGUACCGCGGAGAGCCCUGUGGAGCCCACAACUUCUCCACAGUGUUUACGCGUUAUGGGAAAUGUUACAUGUUCAACGCUGCCGAAGAGGGGAAGACAUUAAGGACUACAAUGAAAGGAGGCACAGGCAAUGGCCUGGAAAUCAUGUUGGACAUCCAGCAAGAUGAAUACCUGCCUGUGUGGGGAGAAACAGAAGAGACAGCCUUUGAGGCAGGGGUGAGGGUGCAGAUCCACAGUCAGGCAGAGCCGCCCUUCGUACAUGAGCUGGGCUUUGGAGUCGCUCCAGGAUUUCAGACCUUCGUGGCUACCCAGGAGCAGAGACUGACGUACCUUCCUCCUCCGUGGGGCGAGUGUGUGUCCAGAGCCCUGGACUCAGGCCUCUUUCAGGUGUACAGCGUGUCGGCCUGCCGUAUCGAGUGUGAAACACGCUACAUUGUAGAGAACUGCAACUGCAGGAUGGUCUAUAUGCCUGGCGAUUCUCCAUUCUGCACUCCUGAACAGUAUAAGGACUGUGCUGAACCUGCUCUGGCUGCUCUUUCAGCAGUUGAAGGCACAAACUGCAUCUGUAGGAGCCCCUGUAACAUGACUCGAUACAACAAAGAGCUUUCCAUGGUCAAGAUCCCCAGUAAAACCUCUGCCCGCUACCUGGAGAAGAAGUUCAACCGAUCUGAGAAAUACAUCACGGACAAUAUCCUAGUUCUGGAUGUGUUCUUUGAAGCUCUGAAUUAUGAGACCAUAGAGCAGAAGAAAGCAUAUGAGGUGGCAGGUCUUCUAGGUGAUAUUGGUGGUCAGAUGGGCUUGUUUAUUGGUGCAAGUAUCCUGACCAUUCUGGAGCUAUUUGAUUAUGUAUAUGAGGUGGUGAAGGAGAGACUGCUGGACAUGCUAAACCGUGAGGAGGAGGAAGAAAGUCAUGGGGAGAAUGUGAGUACAUGUGAUCCGGUGGUAAACCAUUCCGAAUCGAUUAGCCACACAGUCAGUGUUCCCCUGCAGACCACCCUGGGCACCCUAGAAGAGAUCGCCUGCUGAGCACUGUUCCCCUUCACACCACCAGGGGGAGCCGGGCCACUCCACUCAAAUGAGGUGAAAAAAAGAAGGAAACAUGUUUUUCUCAACAUGUCAUCAUUUGGCACAAACAUGAGACCUAGAAUCCAAGAAGUUUCUCGAGGAAAGUGUGGACCCCAAAGUUUCUCGGAAACACCAUCUGUUUGUUCUGGACUCAUGAAGGAAAGCAGAAGUUUGUGGACCUGUCAGGACAGUCACUUGUAAACAUAAGACAAACAUGAAAACACGAGCAUGUGAGGAACUUUAAAUGCACACAGCCUUGGUGUGUUCUCGCAUUCUCUCUCUCUCUCUCUCUCUCUCUCUCUGUCUCCCCAGCCGCCAUUUUGAAGUUUACUGCCAAAACACUGUAAAUUAUUAGCAGAGAAAAUGUUGUGAAACUGUUCUAACUGUGCAUGUGUCAGUUUCAUGCGUUACAAUACGGUUUUCUCAAAUAUGUCAUCCUUCUCAUGUAUGGAGACGAUUUUGUCUUCUUGUGCUGUUCGUUUGCUAUAUUAUGCUAGCAUCUCAGUUGGCUUUUUGAUGUAUCAGUGAUGCAUCAUAAAACCGAGAGCCCCUUUCUUUCUCGCUUCCUUUUAUUUUUCUAUCCUUCAUAGAAAAGCUGAAUGGGUCACGGUAGAAUGGCAGUCAUUAUGAGCCCAUUGUGGCUGCGGAUGGUUCUUCUAAAUGCUUUCUGGAUCCCAUUGGAAAAUGAUGAACAAAGAAAGUACAGGGAAAAAAAUAUAUAUUUUUCGUUUUUUAUGGAUUGUAGUGAUACAACUAGCAGUUUUCAUUUUGUCAAAUGUAAGAAGUGUUACUUUAUCAUUUAAAACUGGUUUUAGAAAUCUGAUCCAUGCUUUUAAUUCAGAAUUGAGAGAUAUAUUAGCACUUUUUAGAGAUUUUUGACAGCCAUCAUGAUACCACAUUCCCAUAAACAUAUAAAGGAUUUAGAGGUGUUCACUGUGAUUUAUUAUGUGAGUUUUUAUCUCAUAUUAUAAUUUCAGAGCUUUUCAUCUGUUCUGUGGUUUGUAAUAAUGCAAUUGCCAUAUCAGAUAUUUACCAUGUUCCCUGUCCCACGAUGUUAUUUGAUGGUGGAUGAUGGAUGGUUCAAAGGUGUGAAUGUGUCUGUACUGUUCUCAAACUAAAUAUGAGCUUCUCAGAUCACUAUACAUCGGUUUUAAUGAAACCUCAACUGACCCAGUCAUUCUUCAACAUGUACAGAGUUUCAGCCAAAAGUCAUUAACUGAGACAAAAUCAUUCUCACAGAAUGUGCUUUGGCUGAAAAUAAAGAAAAGAGGGUCAGUUCUAGGUGACGAGAGAGAGCUUGAUUGCAUUUCUCAAUUUAACUACCUUCAAUAUUCAAUUGAAGAAUACUGACUGGCACAAAAUUCAGUCUCAAAAAUAAUAAUAAUAAAAAAAGAGUUUGUGUGUUGAAACUGUAGGUGAAGCUUUUAAACAAAUUGCUCUGGGACACUAAGGCCCCUGCAGAUGUGUUACACCAUGAAUUUGUUGAUAAGCUUCUAAAAUCUGCAUAUAAAUAAAUAAAAGGUAUUUAAUCUGGUUUAAUAAGCCCUUGUCCAGUCAUAUUUGAGGUUAGAAUCAUGCAGUAUGCAAAUAUCUGUCAUAAAUAUCCAAUCUAAGACAUUUUUUUUUUGUUUCAGGAUUAUUAAUUAAUAACAUUCUGGGGCAAUAACGUUAAGAGUGGAAACACUUUCAUUUUGCCACAGGGAAUAGAAUAAUGAAUGUCUCUUGGUUGUUUGUAACAUGUGAGAGAGAGCUAUGUGAAUGUUAAUACAGACACAUGUUACUUAAUGUGUAUUGUUUUAUUCUAUAAAAAUAGUUCUAUAAAAAUCAUGCAGUCUGGACAUUUUCCUGAUUUGCUAAAUAUCUGUGACCGAAUGUAGAUGUUUUUAGUUGUUUUAUUUGCAAUUCAGUUUGCUAAUUAAAUGUAACGGGCUGCAGAAGA